AUGCCGUACUAUGAAACGCUUAUGUUGAUUGAUUCACGUCUGGGGCGAGGAGAGCUUCAUGAGCUACUGAAAAGGAUUGUGCUUCGUUUUAUGGAUGCGGGCGGCAUUGUGACUCGCUUGCGUGCACUGCCGUCGGCGUUCACACCCGCUGGACUGUACGAGGCGGCGGCAAGGCCCUUACCCCAGAAACUUCGAGGCCCGACGCGGGAGAAGCACGUUGCUGCUAGCUUUGUAGAGUGCGGAGCUUUUCUUUUUCCGCAGGCGCUACCGCAAGUCCAGCACCAGCUCCGCUUAGACGAACAGAUCCUGCGCAUCACGAGUGUGCGUCGAACCGCUGCAGAGUCACUGACUUGCUCCCUAGCGACGGAGCGCGGUAUGGCUCCUCCUCGAAGUGUACGGGCGCCGCCGCCGCCGCCGGCUCGUCAUCGGAUACCUCGUGGUGUUGUAGGUGCUUUGGCUCCGGUUAGCGGGCUGGAAAUGUUCAUCGAAGAGUUCGAGUCGCGCCACCCUGCGGGGAUUGCUGUCUAUGACACGUACCGGAAACAGGAAAAUCCCUUCCGAGGGACGCUCCCCGAAACCGGACCUACCGAGCGCGAAGACUAG